AUGUUGAAGAACGGAUUCACACGUCUUGCCUCGCGGGCGACGCUGAGGUCGUCCCUCCGCCCGACCAUCCGAUCGUCUGCGGCUCCUCUGAUAUCCGCACGAUUCCAGAGUUCCGAUGCUCCUCUCACCGGAAAGAUCCAUCAGGUCAUUGGUGCCGUCGUCGAUGUUAAAUUCGACUCUGACCGAUUACCUCCUAUUCUUAAUGCCAUUCACACUGAUAACAAUGGUCAGCGUUUGGUCUUGGAAGUUGCUCAACAUCUUGGAGAGAACGUUGUCCGAACAAUUGCUAUGGACGGUACCGAAGGUCUCGUCCGUGGUGCUGAAUGCAAGGAUUCCGGCAAUCCUAUCAUGAUUCCCGUCGGACCCGGAACCUUGGGCCGUAUCAUGAACGUCACUGGUGACCCAAUCGACGAGAGGGGUCCCAUCAAGGCCACCAAGUACCUCCCUAUCCACGCCGAGGCUCCAUCUUUCGUUGAGCAGAGUACCUCUGCCGAAAUUUUGGUCACUGGUAUCAAGGUCGUUGACCUUCUCGCCCCCUAUGCUCGUGGUGGAAAGAUCGGUCUCUUCGGUGGUGCCGGUGUCGGUAAGACUGUGUUCAUUCAGGAACUUAUCAACAACAUCGCCAAGGCUCACGGUGGUUACUCCGUCUUCACCGGUGUCGGUGAGCGUACUCGUGAGGGUAACGAUUUGUACCACGAAAUGCAGGAAACCCAGGUCAUUCAGCUCGACGGUGAAUCCAAGGUCGCACUGGUCUUCGGUCAGAUGAACGAGCCCCCAGGAGCUCGUGCCCGUGUCGCUCUUACUGGUCUUACCGUCGCCGAGUACUUCCGUGAUGACGAAGGACAGGACGUCUUGUUGUUCGUCGACAACAUUUUCCGUUUCACCCAGGCCGGUUCCGAAGUGUCUGCUCUUCUUGGUCGUAUCCCAUCUGCCGUCGGUUACCAGCCCACUCUUGCCACCGACAUGGGUCUCCUUCAGGAACGUAUUACCACAACAAAGAAGGGAUCCAUUACCUCCGUCCAGGCCGUCUACGUCCCAGCUGACGAUUUGACUGAUCCUGCCCCAGCCACCACCUUCGCCCAUUUGGACGCCACCACUGUCUUGUCCCGAGGUAUCUCCGAAUUGGGUAUCUACCCAGCUGUCGACCCUCUCGACUCCAAGUCCCGUCUCAUGGACCCACGUGUCAUUGGUGAAGACCACUACAACAUCGCCAGCAAGGUCCAGCAGACACUCCAGGCCUACCGAUCCCUCCAGGAUAUCAUUGCCAUUUUGGGUAUGGACGAACUUUCUGCUGAAGACAAGUUGACUGUCACAAGAGCCCGUUGCAUCCAGCGUUUCCUCUCCCAGCCCUUCGCUGUCGCUGAGGCUUUCACUGGUAUGGAGGGUAAGCUUGUCGACCUUAAGGAUACUCUGCGAUCAUUCAAGGAUAUCUUGGACGGAAAGAUGGAUGACUGCCCAGAAGCUGCCUUCUACAUGGUUGGAAACAUUGACGAGGUCCGUGUCAAGGCCGAGAAGAUCAUUGCCGAAUCUAAGGAGUAA